AUGUCAAAUAACCCGUUUUUAGCAGAGGAAAAUAAGAACCAUCAUGAACUCGGUUCAUCGGUCGCUGCGCCACCACCAGCCUACGAUGAUGUUGUAAAACCAGGCUAUAACUAUGGUUAUCCACCAAAUAAUCAAUCAUAUUCUCCUCCUUCAUUUUCGCCACCGACAGUGCCAGUGGCAGAGAAUCAUAAUUAUAAUCCAAUAGUUACUGCAGAAAGUUAUCAAACAGCUUCCGCAAAUCCUAGUGAAAAGGCUGCAAAUGACAAAGCAUGUAAUCAAAUCAAAUUAAAUGAUAUUCCGGAAAAAUUCACCUUUGAUCCAAACUUGAUACUCAAACUCAAUGUGGAUGAUUCUCGACGUCAGUUAAAUGGAGUUAAUAUUUUACAAAACCCAUCACCAGAAGAAACCAAUGUUAUUGUUGAAGUGUUUACUGGAAGUAGCGAUAGAAUUACCCCUCAAUUUGAAACAAAGAUUCAAUUCGAUAGUUUUGAAUUGAAAGUUUUCCAAAAAGUUGGAUUUGGUGUUUUCAACAUUCCACCACGUUGUAUGCUAUUGAAAAUUAAUGUAAUCCUACCGCAAGUCAAUGCUGGAAACCCAAUCCCGAAUAAUAUUCAAGUCAAGAAUCUGAACCUUAAACUUGUUAAAGAUGAAAAUAAUAAACCAUAUCAACAAAACAUAGGUUUAUCUACUGACGAUGGAAAUAUAUUAUUAGAGGAAAUCAAUGGAAAUAUAAUCGACAUUAAAACCAGGGAAGGAUUUGUUGGAGGAUCAAUACUAUCACUUGUAAAAGAACUUAUGGUUUCGACCGAUGAAGGUGAUGUGAGCUUAUUUUUGGGAAAUGUUCAAAAUGCAAUGGUCAACGUACAAACUAUUAACGGAAAUGUUGGAUUAACGAUGGUUAAUAGUUCAUUCGUUUAUAAAGUUCGGACAAACGAAGGUCGCAUUAGCAUAAAUGAUGAAAUGAUAUAUGGACUCGCUAAAAAUGGUAAGGCGGGUGAUGGAAAGGCAAAUGUGUAUAUUUCAACUGAUGAAGGCAACAUUAUUUUAAAAUAUUGA